AUGGCGGGCCUUGCAGUCUCCUGGUCCCUGAUCGCCGGGGCCUUUUUGGUCAGGCUCCUCUUGCUUCCCUUGGACCUAUACAGAAGCACCGACUUCGAGGUGCACCGCAACUGGCUGGCCAUUACACACAGCCUUCCCAUUUCUGAAUGGUACUUCGAGGCGACGUCCCAGUGGACACUAGACUACCCUCCAGCCUUUGCAUACUUCGAAUGGCUGCUGUCUCAAGUUGCGGUUCUCGUUGACCCUCCGAUGCUGCAAGUAAGUAACUUGGAGUACGCCAGUUGGUCCACCGUCACUUUUCAACGGCUCUCAGUUGUUGGUGGUGACUUUGUCCUGCUUGCUGGAGGCCUGGCUGUGGGAGGUCCUCAGACAGCAGCUGUGCUGUUGUGGAACUCUGCACUUAUCUUGGUGGACCACAUCCACUUUCAAUAUAAUGGGAUGAUGCUGGGUUUGCUGCUUCUGUCGGCUGCCGCCAUUGAAAAAGGCCAUGUUUACUUGGGAGCGGUGCUCUUCUGUCUGCUGCUGUGCAUGAAGCAUAUCUUCCUGUAUGUGGCUCCUGUCUACUUUGUGUACCUCCUACGGGGCCACUGCGGCGCAUCUUUCUGGCCGCCGCGACUCCUGCUUGGGAAGUUGAUAAAGCUCGGCGGUGUCGUACUCUCGACGAUUCUGGUGCUGAUGAGCCCGUUCCUGAGCUUGCAACAGCUCGAGCAGAUUGCCCAGCGCUUGUUUCCCUUCGGGCGCGGGUUGACUCACGCUUACUGGGCCCCCAACUGCUGGGCUCUUUACAAUACAUUCGACCGAGUUCUUGCCAAAGUCAUGGGCGCAGCAGGUGGUUCUUCAUCGACCGCAGGUUUUGCUGAGGUCUACGAGUCUGCUGUGUUGUGGACCGUUCCGCCACGAGCCACGUUUAUCCUGACAUUGCUGGCCUACUGCCCCUUGCUCAUGAACAUCUGGCACUGCGCAGGGUCAGCCGGCGCGGGGCGCGGCAGCUUCGCAACGUAUUUGGCGUUGGGGUCUGCUGUGGCCUUUUCUUUCGGGUGGCACGUGCACGAGAAAGCGAUUCUCAUGGUUACCAUCCCUCUGCUAUCGGCACCAUCGCUCUCUGCGUCCAACUUGGUGCUUUCCUCCGUGGCUUGCUUCUCCGUAAUGCCGCUGCUGCCCGAGCGUAUGAUGGAGACUUCCAUCAAGUGGCUGCUGUUCCUCUGCGGAGGGCUCGUCGAAGUGUUCCUAAAAGAUAGACCUCUUCUGGGACAUGCAGGUCGAUGGCCAUGGAUUCUCUUGGGUGCUUCCUAUGCCCUGCUAGGUGCCUACCGAGACUUCGGUGGGCACUCGCUACUGUUCCGGGGCAGGAUGGAGUUUCUGCCCUUGCUUCUAACCUCCGACUUCUGUGCCAUUCUGGUAUUAGGCGCCUUCUGCAGAAUCUACUACCUGCUACCUUCAGGAAGCAAGCACAAGAAGGGAUAG